UCACAGCGACCAAAUAUUUGCCAUUUCAAGUUUCUGGACCUUGAGCUUGAACUUUCGCAGUUUAACAAUCACAACUUUCGAUAUACACCGACUGCAAAACUCUUUAGUCACAUUCUAUGGAUUCGAGUAUCUGAGAUUUCCUCCUAUUCCAAGACUCCAAUGAUUGCUCGAGCGGCAGUGAGAAGCAAAACGUUCAUCAAGCUAGUAGUAACCCAUAGUUCACUGUCGCGACAUGACACUUAUUCAAGUUCGACAUUUGGCACACACAGAACGGAGCCGCCAUAUCUCCGGCAAUGCUGGUUAGAGCAGCAGGAUUGCAAGGGGUUGCUGCAAGUUCCAGGGCAAUGGCCCUUUCCGGUAGGAGACUCAUCACGGGUCAUGAACUUGAAUGUGGGAGAGGCGGAUACUACUGAUGCCAUCAAAGCGGCAGCAACUGCGAGGACAGAGAAGAUACGCAUUGUUUGUGAGACUGGAGAUGUGAUAUGGGUUCAGAACGAUCUGAAUGAGACAGUCGAAAGAAAGACGGUUUUUUAUACUUUGUGCUGGAUAUUAUUUUUCGUGGACCGGGUGACGCGGCAGGAAGAACUCGUCCAUAUGCAAUCCAUUUUCAAACAUGCAACUAGAUCAGUAUGACCCAUUCAGGUUCCUUGAAUUCGGACAUCUCUUUCUUUCAGUGUAGCGGUUCACGCGCUCGUGUUUCAAAAUAUCAUCCCGCAUGAAUCUUUCUUACGCUGUUUCAUUUCUUGGACUGUAUGUAAACAGAUGAAUUUUUAGGAAGACUAGUUCUACCGGUCUGAAGGAAGAAUGUACUUAGUACUAGUAUUAUGGGUAGAACUAAUUGAAGCAGUUGCACAUAAUUAUACAGCCUGUACCACCGUUGAACACACAACACCCCAAGACCGGAGGGAAAAGACUAUCACAGGCCGCAUAGUUGGUGUACUAGUAUGAAUGACUCGGAGAGGCGAAGGAAUGGAUGCGCACUGUGUUGUUAUAGCAGGUAUGACUA